UGUGAAUUGAAGAGUUUUCAAAUAAUAUCUCCAGCUCUUGUAUGUUAUUGUUCAAUACAUUGCAAUAACAUAUUCCAAUAUUCAAAUUUAGUGGAUACAUGUCGAGCACGGUUAUGGCAGAAAUUGCGACAAGAGCAAGUGACUCAAAGACAGACGUCCAAGGAAAAAAUACUCAAGUUAUAUGUUGCACUUACUGCCCAUCAAAAAUACUUAACCCAGGAGCAGCAUCAUUGACGAAUAUCACGUAUCCUCUGCCACUUGUGCUGUGCAAGCGAGACGAAGUAGAUAAAAGAGAAAUUAUCAAUGAAUAUUGGUUGGUUGAAAAUAUAAAUUCUUUUGAAAAUAUCGGGGUUACUUAUAAAGCCGAAAAUGUCAAAUUUUUAGUAUGCGCAGAUUGUGAAAAAGGUCCAGUGGGGUGGCAAGAUUUGUCGACAUUUCAUUCAUAUAUUGCUUUGAGCCGAGUAAAAUAUCAGAAACCUGCGCUGUAAACAUUUCUAUUUUUCUUUAUAAUAUUGUCUUUACCGUGACAGAUACUAUUUUUAUGUACUACUUAUUUGUCUGCAUUACAUAUUCUUAAGUGAAAGUAUGUACACGUUAUUAAAAAACUAUGCAACAACAUUAUAAAUUAUAAAUAACUUGUAACUACUUUAAUCUGCUUAUAGGUAAUUUUUUGUUUUUACACCAUCUAAAUUUCGCUGAAAAAUUUUUUAUGAACGAUAAUGAAGACUAAGAUGCUAAACAUGAGAUUAAAUAUAACUGAAUCAAUGACAGCAGUAAAAAUCAAUGAUUUUAUUUUUACAAUGUACAUUUGAUAUUCAAUAGCGAUUACUAUUUGGUUACAAAUCAUGUGUUCAUAUGUACAAAUACAGUAAGAUGUUUAAAAUUAAAAAGACAAUUGUUUAGAAUACAUUUAUUUUUAUAUGUGUGCACACUAUUUUUAAAUUUGCAGGUAUUUUUGUUUUAAAAAAAAUUUCCUGGGAAAUUAAAAUGUACCAAAAAUAUUAGUUUAACAAGUACUAAUAUUAUCUCUAGUGUUUGUGCUUAUAUAUAUGUAA